AGUUGAAGGAAGAAAGGAGAAGGAAGGAGUAAGAGUAGAGAUGGAGAGAGAAGGCAACAGUAACCUAUAUAACCUUUGACCCACUGAGAUCCCCACCAGGGAGAGAGCGAGAGAGAGAGAGAGAUGUAAUGUAAUGUUGUUUUCGUUGCUUAUAUGCUUUUGUGUAGCAGUUCUCAAUGAAAGAUAAUGUUUUUGUAUACUUUUGGUAUACUUCUCGAGAAACAGUACUUCCUGUGAAAGGCAAUGGAACAGACAAUUCUUAGAAGGAGAUGUGGAAUUUAGUGUCAGGAUAAUCCAAACAUAUGUACCCCAUGCUACUUCCCUUUUUCUACAGAUUUCUGUUAACACUGUCAAUAUAGCUCAUUUUUGCAACCUCAGUCCCAAAUCAGAUGACUUCCACUAUGAGUCAAAUGGGUGGGUUUUUUACGUAAUGAUGCGUUGUUAUAAGAGGGUCUUGAUGAGGAUCUCAGGGGUGUUGUCUGUCACUUUGGAGUAACAUGGAGACAUCAGUAGAAAGAGGAGAGGAUCACAUCAGCUCGAUCUACCAGAGUAACCCACUGCUUGACUUGGACAUGAAACUAAGCAGGACGGACAUGUACACCUUCCAGAGCAGCGAUCUAAAACCAGCCAAGGCCAGAGGAGCACAGCGAUGUCUAAAUGUUAUUGUCGUUUACCUCGUCCUUCUGACUGCACUGAAUAUCUUCCUCCUUUACAAAGUCUUUUCGAUGGAGUCUAGUUGUUUCUCCUCCUCUGGCUCCAGGACAACGAUGCUGACCGACAUCCACAUCCCCCUGGGGAUGAACCAGGAGGAGGACCUCCGGACACUGGCCAGAAACACCAGCCUGGAGUCCAACUCUCUCAGAGGAGACCUGGGGAGGUUACAGACCCAGGUCAGCAGCCUAUGUGGGGAGGAUGGACAGCUGGGCCAGCUGAGGACAGACCUGGGUGUGGUCAAUGCAAGCACCACUCUCCUUCAGGACACAGUGAAAACACUCAGAUUCCUCAAAGCUUCACCAGGCCCACAGGGACCUAUUGGUCCACCUGGUGCGAGGGGGGCAACUGGUGUGAGGGGGGAGAAGGGAGACACAGGUGAGACAGGACAAAAAGGAGACCCAGGAGUUGAUGGCCAGACUGGUGACAAGGGAAAUCCAGGGGAACCAGGACCCAAAGGUGAAGAUGGGGCCACUGGACCACAAGGACCAGCUGGUGCACCCGACAGUGCAGCCACUAAUUGUUCAGGACUCCCUGGGCUGCCAGGACCACAGGGACCAAAGGGGGAUAUGGGUCACAUUGGUUUACCAGGGAUAUCAGGCCAGAAUGGAACCAAAGGGGACACUGGAGUUCAGGGGCGUGAUGGAGUAAAAGGGGCCCGUGGUCUGAAGGGUGACACAGGGCCGACAGGAGAGCCUGGACCCAUAGGACCUGAAGGACCAAGAGGACCUGCUGGUGUUAAUGGAACAAGAGGACUUGCUGGUCUUCCAGGGUUGCAGGGAAGUCCUGGAAGUCAAGGUCCACGUGGAGAAAAGGGUGAAAGAGCAGCUGGACCAUCGAAUGUGCGUAUUGUUGGUGGGGUUACUCGUGGGAGAGUGGAGGUGAUGUGGUUGGGGCAGUGGGGUACGGUGUGUGACGACAGCUUCGACACAGUGGAUGGGACGGUGCUCUGCAAGACGCUGGGGUACCAAAGAGCCUCUGCAGUCUUCACGGCAAGCCCCGGAGUGGGUAAGAUCUGGUUUGAUGACCUGCGCUGCACAGGCACAGAGGCCAGUGUGUUUGACUGCCCCCACAACGGCAUGGGCAUCAACAAUUGUCAACACAAUGAGGACGCUGGGGUGCAGUGUGUGUGAGUGUGUCCUGGAUCCAAAAGAGAGACUCCUGGACUCCAUCAAAAAGACUGGAGGAGAGAUGCAUAGAGAAACACACACACACACACACACACACACACACACACACACACACACACACACACACACACACACACACACACACACACACACACACACACACACACACACACACACACACACACACACACUUGAUGCAUCUACUUUGUCUCAUCUUAUUAAAACAACAUUAAUAGGCAUUUCAAUAACCAUGGCAUUUAACUAACAUGAAGCUAACUUAUAAUAAUAUAAUAGUACCCUGGAUUAAAGUUUAUACAGAAAAAACUGAAUGGCAUUUUGUAAACCAGUUUCAUCAGUUUGAAGUAAAACAGUGAAAAAUCAGACAAAA